CAGUUUGCUACCGCUGUGCUGUGGGAUUGGCUGCCUCACCUGCUACUCACACACUGUAUUGCAUCAUCCAUAUCGGCACGCGCUGCUCAUUGGUCCAACUGGUGGAGUUCCCCAAUGUUGAGAGAGAUUUCGCAAUACUUAGGGUUCCAGUACCAAACAAACAACAGACACGGGCAUUUAAAGAAAAUACAAUUGUUUCAGCUUUGAUUUAAAUUGAAUUCAGUUGACUAAUUUAUCAGCAGGUAUAACACAAUAUCUAUAUGUUGAAAGGAAGCAUUGCCAAAAGGUUCAUAGAUUCAUCAACAAAUAUAUUUAGCAUCUUCGGUCCUUCCAAAAUAAAGUUAGUAAGAUAACAAGAAGGUGGUGGAAGCAGACAUUUAGCCCAAAUGAGCAAGCCGUCACAGCAGAAAACUACUAAAGACCAAAACGGAGUGAGCGUCAUCCAGACCCAGGCUCAUACAAGUGGUUUACAGCAAGUCCCCCAGCUGGUGCCGGUCAGUCCUGGUGGAGGUGGCAAAGCCAUGGCCCCCAGCAAGUCGAAAAAGUCUGCGGAUAAAGAAAGCGAUGAAUACCGCCAGCGUCGGGAGCGCAACAACCUUGCAGUGAAGAAGAGCCGCAUGAGAAGCAAGCAGAAAGCUCAGGAUACCCAAGAGAGGGUAAAUGAACUGAAGGAAGAAAACGAGCGUUUGGAAUCUAAGAUUAAGCUCCUCGGCAAAGAGCUGAGUGUCCUGAAGGAUUUGUUUCUCGAGCAUGCUCACAACCUUGCAGAUAACGUACAGCCGCAAAGCAACGAUGGCUCCACGACGGGGCAGAACAACAAAAACAACAACACUGGACAGUAGUCAAUAAGAAAAUUCACAGUAUUCAUUAGUCUUUUGAGAAUAUUUUCUAUAAUUUUAGGUUUUAAGAUAUCUUUACGUGGAUUUGGCUAAAGGGAUUUGUUAUUUUUGUUAUGUUUUUCUACUAAAUCGUGCCUCAGUCGAUUGACCAGCUGUGUGUUUAAGCUACUGUAUAUAAUAAUUUCUGACUUUCCCAAUUACCCAGUAAUGUAUAUGAAAAUGUCUGUAGUGUAUACUUGCAUUUAUAAACAUAAUAUGCAUAAACUACUUGCUGUUUU